UUAUAUUCUAUAAUAAAAUUUGCUUUUGUUUCUGAAGUUUAAUUUUUCAAAUAUUCGUUUCUCUCUGACGAGAGUAUUUCAGUGUCUCCACUUUAAAUUUAAUUGCGCCUUGGGAAGAGAGAAAGAAAGUACGCAAUUGGCCGGAAAACAUUGGCAUAUAGACUCUUAUCAGAACUUACAGAGAUAAUCAUUAUAAAUUUAUGUACCUAUUAUGUUCAGACUCUAACCGACCUUUCUUUACAUUCUUGUAAAUUAAUAUCACUCCUUUUAGCCUUCCCUCUGCACAAUUUGUAUUAACGUUAAUUAAAUUCUAAAUUUAACUCGCGACCGGAAAGCUCGCCUAUCGCUUUUGCACUCCGGAAAGUACUUCGAUUACGUCGAUGUCUUGAACGAGCGUCCUUUACGGGGACACGUGAGCGCGGCUAAAGCGAAACAGCGAUAUUACGAUGCCCGGCGCUAUCUUCCGAGCAUAAAGUAGUGCUCAACAACUGCGUUAUGUACUUUACGUUGUCAUUUCGUGCCGAUCGUGUUCGUGGUGAACGCUACUGGAAAACUCACACACGUGUGCUUACGUAUAUGCCAUAUAUAUGUGGGCUUUAAGUCUACCGUUAAAUGAAAAGUUCGAUAUGCGCACCGCCGCCGUUUCAAAGUUCUGCGUCGCAGUUCGGUGUUCGGUGUAGAGUCAUUCGAAGCGUAACGCCCUCUUAUAGCUCGAAGUUCCAGAUUAUUAAAAAAAAAAAUCUAUUUCGCAGAAAACUGCUAUUCAUUUAAUUUCUAUAUGCGUAUCGUGAUAUUCGGUUACCAUCGAUCUUUCAUCGUAUCGUUACGCACUUGUAUAGUACGCUGUAAAAUUUGUGACCGCUGUAAUUCCACCGUUAUCCGCAUUAGGAUCAGAAAUAUCACAAUUAUGGAAACUAAGGAAACUAUAAGACAAAGAGAAAAAGGACUGUACAGUAAUGUUAAAAAUCAAUUAUCAAACAAUAUCGAAAAGAAGGAGAAGAAGCAAGAGCCACAAAAGAAAAAUUUCAAAUAUUAUCUUAAUAGAUUUAGAUAUUAUCACUAUUAUUGUUCCGAAAAAAUUAAUUCCUUCAUUGCAAUAGUAUGCAUGUGGAUUAUUAAAAUUCAGUUUUAUUUAAUGGGUUUUGGAAUUAAUGGGCUCCCUUCAAUUCACGAAAUUGAGAAAAAUCAUUUUAAAAAUGAUUCAAAUUAGUACUAUUAUAUUAUUUCAUAACUCUGAUCAGAUUUUAUAUGUACAAUCUAAAUAUAAA